GUAAUACAGCCAGUCUGCUUGUGUUGCAUCCAACUCAGUAGUCUACGGUGCUCCCUGCCAGAUCACUUUCCUUUUCUGUCCUGAGGCGCCUUCGCCCUCCCCCGGGACUCCCCUCCUCUCUUGUGUCUUGUCUAUCUUUUCUCGACUUGUCCAUUUUCCCUCUCCUCACUCGCUCGCCCCUCGAGCUCGACUUAUUCCCGAGCCCACCGUCCAUUUUCAUCUCCCAGCACGUCGUAUUUGUUCAUCUCAUCUGGCGCGGCAUCUUCACUGAUUCUGCUUGCAAUUUUCCGUGGUUUGCAUCUCCUUCGCAUUGUUCCGGUAGCGCCCUUUGUCUCGGAGCUUCGCUACUUCAUAGAGAUCAGCCACUGCGUUCCAGUCACGAUAGCUAUAUCCAUCUCAGCGUUUGCGACAGUCCAGCUUGUUUUCCCUACACGUCACUCCUGCCUUGCAUCCGGCCCAGGACUCUUGGGGAUGCUGGAGCUGCUCUCACAAACGACAUCUACUACGUAAUAUCUAAUAUCUAAUCCGGUCGACAAAACGAAGAAGAAAAAAAAUAGAAGAGCCAGAGUCUGGUACUCUCGAUCAAGGACUUGCUGAGAGCUUCGCUGUUCUCGGUGACCCGGCCAAGAAAUCGAUCGUUCAGUCGCGUCAAUUGCGACCAAUUCGCGGAUCUCGUCAGCUCCACCUUCAGACUCACAUUCAUCUGAGCUUAGAUCUUGACCUGAGAUGAGUGGUCAAACGGCAGGUCAUCAAAUUGGCUCAUAGCACUCGAAUCUGCUUUUGGGGUUGCGAGGUCUGCCACUCCAUCACCAACAACUCAGCAGCUCGAGUUGAACAGGCACCAUGCGUUGUGCUGUGGUCUUGGCAACCUGGGCCACCACUGCUCUGGCCUUCUACCCCUUCAUCCCGUCAUACAGAGAGGGUGACUCGCCAACGACGUACAAGCUUUCGCAGAAGAGCUCUGCUCAGAAUGGCGCGCCGCCGGCGGACAACGCAGACCGCGAAGCCCGACGCCUGGUCCGCAAGUUCAGCUCAAAGCCAUCCCACAACGUGCGCGGCUCCGAGACCUUGGUCGCCAGAGAAAACAAAUACCCGAUCGACACAGCAGCAACCCCUUCCGACCCGAACAGCGCUGGAAUCGACCAAGACGGGACAGACUUUUCCUACUUUAUCGAAGCAAGUCUGGGAUCCACCGGCAAGACCCUAUACAUGCUCUGUGAUACCGGAGCUGGUACAACCUGGGUGAUGGGAACGAACUGCAACUCAAAGGCCUGUGGGAUGCACACAACGUGGAGUCCUUCUGAAUCGACCACGUCAAAGCCCGUUGGCACCGAGUUCACACUCAACUACGGCACGGGGGCUGUCAACGGCACACUGACGGAGGAUACGAUGUCUAUAGCCUCUGUAAAGGUCACCAUGGCCUUUGGAGUGGCUAACACGACCUCUGAUGACUUUGCAAGUUUUGCGUUUGAUGGGAUCCUGGGCUUGUCCAUGAACAACGGCUCGUCUGACAACUUCAUGGGCAGUGUCAAGGAGGACAAGCUUCUCAAAUCCAACGUGUUCAGUGUGGCUCUCGACAGGGCUGAGGACGGCCCCAACACGGGACAACUCACCCUGGGUGGCACCGACCCGGCCAAGUUCACGGGAGACAUCACCUAUACGGCCGUCAACCCUGAGGCCAACGGGGACUGGGCAAUUGCCAUGGACGGGAUGGGCUACGACAGCAACAAGGUCAAUGUCACCGGGAGGUUCGCCUACAUCGAUACCGGGACAACCUAUGCUUUUGGACCGCCCGAUGAUGUUGCGGAUCUGCACAAGAUCAUCCCCGGUGCCAGCAGCACUGAUAAUGUGACUUACACUGCCCCAUGCAAUAGUGACAAGCCCAUCACUGUUACGUUCUCGGGCGUUGAGCGCAACAUCUCGGCCAAGGACUGGCUGUCAGAACCGUCCGACAAGGGUAUCUGCACAAGCAACAUUUUCGGCCGCGAAGUUGUGGCUGGCGCAUGGUUCCUCGGGGCCGUCUACCUGAAGAAUGUGUACACCGUCUUCGACAUCGACCAGACCCGGAUUGGCUUUGCAACCAAGGCCGCGAGACCGCCAAACACAACCAACAACAGCACUACAGGCACGUCGGAGACUUCGCCGGGAGCGGCAAGUGCUGCGGCGGAGACAAACGGAGUCACAACGUCUGGAGCCUCGUCGCUUGGAAGACAGUUGAUGGUGGGGGCUUACACGUCGGUGCUGUUCACCGUUGGCAUCAUGGGCAUACUAGCACAAUGGUGAAGUAGUGGGCGAAUGCAAGCGAGAAGCAGAGAGCUUCACAACAAAAGGAGGCAUUAUGAGAUAUAUAUAUUCAUUCCACAGCAAGAUACCCCUGGAACCUCGACCGGAAGGUUUUGAUGGCCAGCCCAGAAAACGGCCCGAGAUGAGAUGGGCCGGGCAGUUUUUACACAUGCGCGCAUAUAUGGCACAUUGUAAUGUGUAUAUCAGCAAUAUACGCAGGUUAAUAAUUCAAUUCACAGCAUUUUGACAA